AUGAGUUCUUCAAGUACAGCAUCCUUUGAAGUUGAAAUCUCAACCAUCUAUGAAUAUUACGAUAAUUAUAAUGAUGCUCCAAAACCAUGCAGUAAGGAAAACGUCAAGAGGUUUGCAGCCUUCUUCCUACCUGUUCUGUAUACCCUAGUGUUCCUGGUCGGGCUCACGGGAAACAUUCUGGUCAUUGUGGUCCUCUUCAAAUACAAGAGGCUGAAGAGCAUGACUGACGUGUACCUAUUAAACCUCGCCAUCUCAGAUUUGCUCUUUGUUUUAUCCUUGCCGUUCUGGUCUUAUUUCACAAUAGACCAAUGGGUUUUUGGAACUCCCUGGUGUAAAAUCAUUUCGUGGAUCUACCUGGUUGGGUUUUACAGCGGGAUAUUUUUUAUUAUGCUUAUGAGCAUAGACAGAUACCUGGCAAUUGUUCGUGCAGUGUUUUCUUUGAAAGCAAGAACUGCCUUCCAUGGCUUGAUUACUAGCCUUGUUGUAUGGCUAGUAGCUCUUUCAGCCUCAGUUCCAGAACUUGUAUUUAGAGAAUCUUUUAACGAACAUAAUUAUACUACCUGCAAGCCAAGAUAUCCAGGCAAUUUCACGGCAUGGAAACUUUUUUCCACUUUGGAAAUCAACAUUUUAGGGCUCCUAAUCCCUUUUAUAGUUAUGACAUUUUGCUACUCCAUGAUCAUUAAAACAUUAGUUCACUGUAGAAAUGAUAAAAAGAAUAAGGCUGUGAGGAUGAUCUUUGCUGUCAUGAUUGUGUUUUUCUUCUUUUGGACCCCUUACAACAUUGUUAUUUUCUUACAACUGCUGGAAAUUACAGGAGUCAUUAGAGACUGUCAAGUGAGCAGGAAUCUGGACUAUGCUUUCCAGGUAACAGAAAUCCUCGGCCUUUUUCACUGUUGCCUCAAUCCAGUCAUCUACUUCUUCAUGGGGGAAAAAUUCAAGAAGUACCUGAAGAUGCUCUUUAAGAACUGGCGGUUACCUGGAGAUAUGUGCAAGUGGUGUGGAGUUCACAUCACUUACCACACUGAAUCUACCAGUUCAUUCCACACACAAUCUACGGGGGAUCAAGACGCUCUGUAA